UUGUCAAAGAUUCCUAUUGUUUUUUGUAGCAAAAUCAACUUUUCAUUCUCAGCCAAAUUGCAAGACAGUCCGAAUGAUCGUUCAGCAUCUCCAUCUAGCGUUGUGACAACGACUACUGACCUGAUCUGUAGUACAAAACAGCAAAGCGACGAAAACGAAGCCAAACCCUUGAAUGAACUUGAUUCGGAGACCAAAGCCAGUGAUGACGGCCGUGAUUCUAAGUUAAAGAUCGACGCAGCUGGUGAUAUCAAAGAAACGUGUACGACGACCGACUCGAAUCAAGAUGAUAAUCGAGCGGCCGACGUUAAUGUAAAGCCGCAAUUUCAGUUUAAGUUUGAUUUCCCUAAAAGUGAAACUUUUCAAAUAUCAGCACCUGAAGCUACGAAGCCAUCGGAUACGAACGUCUCUGCGGCAGUUGAACCGACGUUUUCUUUCGGCGCGUCUCUUGGUUCUUCGAGCACUUCUUUUGCAGCAACGAUGAAUUCAGAGGUGACCACUUCUGCAGAGGAUGACGAAGCAGCAUACGUGCCACCAGCUGUCCAGUUGCAACCGAUUACCGAAGAAGGAUCGACUUAUUCCGUUAAGUGCAAGUUAUUUUUCAAACUUCCGGACAAGGAGUACCAAGAACGUGGCAUAGGUUAUCUGUUUUUGAAACCAACCGACGAUGCGAAAACACAACUUAUUGUAAGAGCGGAUAACACUCUCGGAAACAUUCUCUUGAACAUAUUGCUCACCGCAGCUACGCGGCAUAGCAGGGUCGGUAAGAACAACGUGUCGCUUGCUGCUGUACCAAACCCUCCACUUGAGGGUAGCCAGAACCCAUCUGAUCCGGUCGUUUUUUUGAUUAGAGUUAGAACCGCUGAAGAUGCUGACCAGCUGUUUGAACAGAUCACGGAGAUAGGGCUGCAAGUCAUUUUGUAUGCGCUGCUUGCCGAAUUUGCUGCCAUGUCCAGAGAAGCUGCCAUGAUUCGAGUUUUGAGUAUGUUCCUGAUGUGUUUUAGCUGCGCUGUUGCGCAGUCGCAGGCCGCAUCAACGCGUCUCACCGGUUACGAUGAAACGUUCUCAGUACGUAAUAUCCCUAGUGAGUACACAGAUGCGUGUACGUUCGACAUGUACAUCAAUUACAUCUGUAAUAACAGGAAGAAUGUUGUUCAUCAUGGCGACCGCGAAACGCGAAAUGCCUUGCAGAUAUUGGAAGUGAAGUAUAAUUGA